GAUAAUCGUUAUCGCCACAGCCACUUUCCAUCUUCCCCAGACCAUCAUGAGCGUGGGUGGCAUCCGUCUUUCCUAGAACAUCAUCAAUGCACUUAGCGCUGGGAGCGGAGUUGGGCCGGAGAUAGUCAUGUUUUGGACUUCGGCUUCUCCUUGUGCUCUUUCACACCCACCAAGACCGACAGCUCCAUGUUCCCCGUUCUCGCCUUCCUGACUCCCCUGCUUUUCGGUGCCGCAGCUUCCGGGCAAGGGGUCGCGACGAAUGCUACAUGUAGUGCUGCCUCCCUUCAGUGGGCUUUCAAUUCUCGUCUGCAGAGUCCGUGUGUGGUUGCAGCGUACCUCGGGGGAGUAUGCGAUAAUGGAUUGUUCACCGUCCCGGCCUUAGGACCAAGUCAAGAGUACCUUGGCCCAACUGUUGCCCAGGCGAACCAAUGCAUUUGCAGCUCGGUCAUGUACUCGGUUCUGAGUGCGUGUGCUGGAUGCCAAGGCCGCAAUGUAUUGACAUGGUCCAUCUUUUCCCAGAACUGCACCACAACCUACAUUUCACGGUUCCCCGAGGCCAUCCCAUCAAACACGGCCGUCCCCCAUUGGGCAUAUCAAAAUGUCACCAUCUUCGAUGGGUUCAAUGCCACUGCGGCUCAAACGCAACUCAAUGCACCCGAAUCGACCGCUGGCGGGCAAGCAACGUCUACCAGCAUCCCUUCUGGACUUCCCUCCAGCCAUCCCAUUGAACCUGUUUCUGGUGGCAAGAAAGCCAACGCGGGUGCAAUCGCCGGUGGGGUCGUCGGUGGGGUCGUCGGCGCUGCUUUGAUAUUCGUAGUCGCAUUUCUUCUCAUCCGCCGACGGAAACACAGCGAUCCCCCGUCCAGGCUUGUCACCAGUGCGCCCGUGAGCAUGAGUGAUGCUGGCGAUCAUAUCACACCUUUCACUGGAGGGUUGCCCGCAGCGAAACUCUAUAAUCCCGAUGAUCCGAGCACGUUCCCGUCGUCCAUUGGUUCGACAACUUACCACCAAGGGCGGGUGCGAUCUCCAGCGCUGUCGGGACAUACAGUCACGGGAUCGGCACAAUAUAGCGGCGCUCCGGAAGUUUAGUGCAAAACUGGUAUAUAUUUCAUGGAAUGAUGCAAGUGGAUGGACUUGUAUGACAGGACAAGAGACAGCAGAAUGGAAGCUGCAACAAACAUACAGUGUGAUAAGUGAAUCUGCCAUCCUCUGGAAAUGAAUCCUGGUUCUCAAGAAGCGCAAGGCUAUCCGUGCGAAUCAGAACAAAACCUCCCAGGCGGACACGUUGGACCGUUAUCGUUUGUGUCGUGUGUCCAUAGAACAACAACAAGAGCCUGCAAGCACGGCCCGGCACCUUAUCUUUAGUAUGGUUCCAUAAGGCCAUUGUGUCCUUGAUAUUAUGUUGGCAAGGCGAAGUUCGGUAGGAAUCUUCUUGAGAAAAUCGUAGAACCGUGCUAGAUUUUCAUGAUAGUGUGCAUCUGUCGAAAGAAUCAUUCCCAGCCUUUCAAGUUGACACGACCGAAAACUGGAAUCGAUCCCAGGGCACAGAAUCGACCGAAAUUCCAUCAUCGAGUGUAAGACAGAGACGUAGAGCCUCCCUCUAUCUCCUAGUUAUAAGAAGCCACGCACACAAGUGGAUGGACCCG